AUGCACAUCACCUCCUCGGCAAACGAGACUCAGCUCUGGUCCGUCAUCCCGUACGCCGUCGCAACUCCCAUCACCGUCCUCAUCGCCCUCCUCUCGGACCGGCUCAACCUGCGCGGCGGGCUCAUGCUCGCCACGCUGCCCAUCGCGAUCGCGGGGUACGCGGUGAUCGCCAACGUGGCGUCGGCGCCGGCGCGCUUCGCCAUGACCUGCCUGAUGGCGAUCGGCAUGUACGCCAGCGUGCCGUGCGUGCUCGUCUGGAACUCCAACAACUCGGCGGGCCACUACAAGCGCGCGACGACGUCGGGCCUGCAGCUGGCGGUGGCGAAUUGUGGGGGGUUUGUGGCGACGUUUGUUUAUCCGAGCCACGAAGGGCCGCUGUACCACAAAGGCCAUACCAUUAUUCUGGGGCUGUUGGUGUAUGCUUGGUUCGCGAUCCUGGCCAACGUCUUGUGGUGUGCAAAGAUCAACCGCGACAAAAAGGACGGCAAGUAUGCAGAGUUCGAAGGGUGCGGCGACGAUCGGGAUCCGGCAUUCAAGAUGGUGCUAUGA